AUGGAUAAAAAAAAAGUUUUUACCUACUUUUUAGUAGGUUUUUCUUUAGUAGUAUUAAUAAUAGGAACAGCUUUAAUAAUUAUUGGUAGUUUAGCAUUAAAUGAUAGUAAAAAUUGCUCAAAAAAUAGUGAUAAUCUUUCUUCUACAAAACAUAAUAUAUUGGCAUCAACAGUUCCAAGUACCAUGGCAAAAUCUACACCUUCUUCAGAUAUAAUAAGUACUUAUUUCAUUAGAGUUAAUAUGAGUCUAGAAAAUUUAAAUAAUUUCUACUCUAAAUAUAAUAUUGAAAGCCAAGGUCAAGAAGUAAUUUCAAAGGUUAAUAAGGCAUUGUCUUCCUCAAGUAAACCAGAUAUCUUAAGUGUUCUAAGCAUUGAUAAUGAUUGUAAGAGUGAAUUUACAAAUAGUUAUAAUAUAAUAUUAAUAUUAUCAUAUCUCAGUAAUGCUCCAUCUUUGGAAAAUUUGAGGAACCUUUUAUCAAAAAAUAAUAUUAACGUUCUUGAAAUCAAAAAUCUAGUGAAUAAUUAUAUCCCAAAUACUAAUAAAGAUGGUACAUGUUAUUCAUUUUGUGAUGCAACUUGUUCUAAUUCUAAACCAACCUCUCCAACUAUUUCAACAAAAACUAUUCCUUUAAAUAUAACAAACGUAACUAUUUCUAAUCAUAAUAUUACAACUACAGCAAGUAGCAAUCCGGUAACAAUACCUUCUUGUUCCAAUAUAAUUGCUGUUGAUUCAAGUUCAAUACUUCUAAAUUCACAAUAUUAUCAAAUGGAACUUGGAUUAAUUCAAAAUUUUUCACGUGUAAUAACAGAAUUUGAUAAUUUAUUAUUAGUAUCCUAUAGUAAUGAAACACAAAUAGUUCAACCUUUUGGUAGUAUGAAAAAUGCAAACGAUUUUACUAAUUCUAUUAGUAGUAUUACACAAAAACCAGGUUCACAGUUAAGUGUUCUCUUAUCAACAUUACUAAACUAUCUAGAAAAUCGAAAAACUGAAACAAUUAAUACAGUUAUUAUGGUAACAAAAUAUAUUCCUACCGAAAUAAAUAAAUCUAUUCCAUUGGUAAAAAAAUUAAAAGCAAUGGGACAAAUUAGUUUUAUAAUUUUGGGAACAGGUGCCAAGGAAGAAGAGUUACAACCACUCAAUCCAACAAACAUUAUUGUUUAUGAUUUUGCCACUUGUGAUGAAGAUAAAUUUGACAAUAAAUUUAAAAGUUUUAUCAAUUGUCCCUUUGAACCAUAUUUUUAUAAUAAAUUAGAUGGAUCACAGGUAUAUCCAUGUAAAAGUGCUAUAGCAUUUUCUGUAGAUGGUUCAUUGGCACUAGAAAAAGAAAAAUUUGAAGCAGAAAUAAAUGGAUUGACAAGUGACGAUGUUAUAACAAAUGAAUGGAAUAAUUUUGAAAGAAUAUCAUUGGUAAAAUAUUACACAUCAGCAGAUAUAAUUGUUAAUUUUAAUUCUGUUAAUACAAAAGAAGAAUUCUUUAGAAUAGUUAGAACAGUACAACAAACUGGGGACAGAGUAAACUUAGCUAAUUUAUUAGCUGCACUAGAGAGUGGUUUUGUAUUUUACCCCCAAAAUGAAGUACAAAAUCAUUUUAUAUUUCUUUCUAGUAAUAUAACAACUAAGGAUAUUCAAAUUUCAAUUCCAUAUGCUACAAAUGUAAAAAAUAAAGGCAGUUUAAAUUUUAUAGUUUUUGGAAAAGAUUUAAUACCAGCAUUAAAUUAUCUAACAAGUAACGAUAGAAUAUUAUAUUGGGAUUAUACAACAACAGAAGCCAACGAAUCAUUAAAAAAUUUCAUUACAAAUAGGAUUACUUGUAGUUGA